AUGGCCCAAGAUACAAUUGAAACGCACCUGUCCAAGCGCGCCGCGCUUCUGGAGCAGGAGAAAAGCAGUCGACACGACUACGCCUUCAGUCAGCGCAUGUCGCCGGUCGCGAAGACCGCCGCGAAAGUACUCGCAAACAUCCGCAAGAAGGAAGUGGAGUCUGUAUGGACGCCUGCAUCUACGUCUGAAGGGAAACUCGACUUGAAGGAUGUUACGUUCCCGGGUAUGUCUUUUGCGCUGUCGAGAGAGCGCAUGGAGAAGACGGUGUUGUGGAGGAUUAUUGCUGCGAUGCCGAAGGGGUGUCUGCUGCAUGCGCACAUGGAAGCCAUGAUUGAUAUCGACUGGAUGGUGCAGCAGGCUAUUGAGUUGCCUGGGUUCUACAUUUCGAGUCCUGUGCCGCUGUGUCCGGGGAUUGGGUCUGCCGGGAAAUGGUCGGAGCCGUUCCAGUUCUUGUAUAGGCCUGGAUUUGCCGGAGAGGCGCAGAAUGGGUGUGAGGCCGAGAUGAAUAUAUGGCAGGCGGAUUAUACUCAAGAUCAGCUUGUGCCGGUUGCUGCUGCGGCCAAGGCCUAUCCUGGGGGUGUUGAGGCCUUCAAAGCGUGGGCUGUUUCGAGGAUGACUAUUAACGAGGAAGAGGCUUUGGAACAUCAUCAUGGGAUCAAGGAUGUGUGGAAUAAAUUUCAGUCCUGUUUUGGCGCUAUCGGUGGGUUGUUCUUUACGGAGCCCAUCUUUCGACGGUGUAUACCCAGGCUUUUGCAGCAGCUUCAUGACGACGGCAUCAAGUAUGUUGAACUGCGUCUAGCUCCUUGCCCCUUCUACCGAGAAGGCUCGGACGUUGCCGAGUCUGAUUUCUUAUACUUCUUGCAAUGCUUCCAUGAAGAAGUGACUGCGUAUCUGUCUUCUCCCCAAGGCAAAGGGUUCUGGGACGCAAGGAUCAUCUGGACCGCGAUACGCAGUUUUCCCGAUGAACCCAUCAAGGAGUCCAUGAUGCAGUGUCUGGAUUGUAAGAAGGCAUACCCCUCUAUCAUCGCGGGCUUUGACUUCGUCGGCCAGGAAGACGCAGGUCGUCCUCUGGUCGAACUUCUCCCGCUCGCCAAGUGGUUCCAGCAACAAUGUGUCGAAAAGCAACUUCAGAUACCCUUCUUCUUUCACGCCGGCGAGUGCCUAGGCGACGGCGAUAGCACCGAUAGCAACCUAGUGGACGCCAUCCUGUUGAACUCCCGAAGGAUUGGACACGCCUUUUCGCUGUACAAACAUCCUCUCCUUAUCGACCUCGUCAAGGACAAGAAAAUCCUUAUUGAAAUGUGCCCGAUUUCCCAUGAAGUUCUCCGCCUCACAUCGAAUAUACUGAUGCACCCGAUGCCAGCGCUGCUGUCGCGCGGCGUGGCUGUUUCGCUGAAUAACGACGACCCGGCCGUUCUCGGGCACGGGAAGAACGGGCUGAGCCAUGACUUCUACCAGGUGACUGCAGCCUUUGAGAACACGGGCCUUGCGGGACUUGCAACCAUGGCAGAAGAUAGUAUCCGAUGGGCAGCCUUCGAGGACGAGACGGACUCCGAGUGGCUGCAGGGGAUUGAUGGCAACAGCAAUGGUCUCAAGGCUUUUCGGAUGACUCAAUGGAGGUCUGCGUUUGAGGAAUGGUGUGCGUGGAUAGUUCAGGAAUUCGGGGCGGAGCGGCUGGAAGCCCAGAACUGA